AUAAUAAUUUAGCACCAAAGAAUCGGAGAGGGCUUUAUGUAAUUUGUAUUUCAACGCUUGUUUAGAUGAACUAUUAAUUCGAUUGGACAAAAUAGAAGAAAGCAAAAAAGUGAUCAAUGGAGGGCCCUUUGUUAACCAAGAGUGAGCACAACGUCGAAGACGUUACAAUCCAUGGCGAUUCUUCCUCAAAUGAUGAGCACAUCAUCGACAUUACAAUCAAUGGCGGUUCGUCAUCAGCUGAUCAUGAGCAAACUCCACAUGAGGCAUUUCAAUGGAGUUGUCCAUUUACAAGUGGAAGUUUCUGGAUUUUGGUCGAGUUAGCUGUGACUUUGGUCCAGAUUGUUGCAGCCAUAUUUUUUCUGAUUCUAACAAAAGAUGAACGAGAUCCAGAACUAGAUGUAGCUUUGUUUACAUGGAUCAUCUUUUAUACUUGUGCCUCUAUUGCCACUUUGCCUUUUGUAUGUUGCCGUUUAUGGCAGUAUAUCCAAAACGCUAGCUCAGAGACAAGCAACGAGGUGAUGGAGUACCGUUUGGAAAAUUUUCUUGAAUCUUUCUUCGUGUCCUUGAUUGUGGUGUCUUUAUGGCAUAUUCUAACCGAGUCAUCAUCACGUCAAGAUACUAGUCGACACUUCUGUUGCAUUCGAUAUGUGCUUCCUAAUUUCCAAUUUACCGUACAGUUAUUCAUGUUGCCUGGGGUGUCCCUUGUUACUGCACUUGUGGCCGCCAUAGUAACGAUGAUUAAUUCGUUACUCUCACUCUUUUUGGUCAUCAUUGGACUCUUUGCGUUAACCUUUUCGUGGAUCAUUGGAAUGUGCGGAUAAAAAUGAUGGAUCAUGUUGUUUUCUUCAACAAUUGUUGUAAUACUCUCUUUCUAUUUAUUAAAUAAAGCCAAGUGUCAUUAGCAUUACCGAAUCCUCUAUUCCUGAAAUGGCCGGCAAAACUGAAACUAAAGGCUUCUCUGUACCAAUAUCUCUGCAGCAAGAUAAACAUUUCAGUAUCUG